AUGUCGACUGACGAAGCUACUAUCACAGCCACUCUCACAACAACAGUUGACCACACAAAGAUAAUUCAGAGCCCGUCAGAAGUUCCCGCGCUUGGGAAUUAUUCGACUUCGGGGCUUGGUCCUCCGUCACUGUCAAGUACUUCGUCCCUGUCAUCGCCAUUAUCGAAGGCCUCUGCAACCGUUGAACCUCGAUCAAGCGAGGUAUUCGCAGGUUCUAGCCCUGAGCAAACGACAGGGCCCAUGUAUACCGCAUCUUCUUCUGCGUCCAAACUCAUAUCCAGGCUUCCAAAUGUGACGUCGAGUAAUGACCUGGAUGUCAGAUGGACACCGUCUAUAGUCGUUCCUUCUAUCUCGAGGAUUGUCUCAGCCUCGACGAGUGCCUCGGUCUCGACAACUGAUCCACCAACCAUAACGGUCCUGCCACCCGAGGCGGUUCUGAUUACACCGACCGGCAUUACAUUGACAACCCCGCACUAUAUUACCACAACAUCAUCGGGCGGCAGUGAUUCAACCAUAGUUCCAGUUAUCUUCCCGUUCUCAGGACCUCCGAUCAUCUGCUUUGGCUGCUUCAUCAAAUUCCCUCCCAACAUCUCGAUUAAAGUCCCCCAAUUCUGCAUCCAACUCUUUGGCCUCAAGAUUUGUAAUUGCCCGGCCGACGAUGAGAAAGACGAUGGGGGUGACAAUAAGGACGACGAUGACGACAACAAAGACGACGACGACGAUGAUGAUGAUGACGACGACGACGACGACAAAGAUUCCAGCAAAACCGGGUCCACAACGUCGACCUCUUCAACCUCGUCUUGCACCGUAACUGUCACUGCCGCCCAACAGACAGCCUUCUGUUCUAUAACCAGAAGUGGGUCUUACUCAGAAGUCAUUAAAAUGUCUUCAAGCCCCAAUGCUGAUGUUUCUAUCUUGAUAGGCGUCAACUCUGGUACCCCAACGCGUACUGCUGCGAGCACUACGUGUCUGACUAGUGCGUACACCACCGUCACCGGCUGCAGCGUCCUCAACUCCAUCACCACGGUAACUACCACGCGGUCGUCUGUUCCCACACCAUACCCUCUCUGUGGUCCGCACUGUGGCAGUCGGGAAUGCCCAGUGCCCGGGCCCAGGGGACCAGGUCUUUCAGUGCGCCAAAUGACGGAAGUCGGAACGGCAGACGAACGCGAGUUAGCGGAUCCGAUAAUCGAAAUAUCUCGGCCGAUAUUUCACGCCGGCUUGGCCGAAUCCAAAGUAUCAAGACGUGGCGAACCAUACCUCGGAGAGUGGGUUGAUCCAAGCGAUUAUGACGAUGAUUACUACAAUUUCUGCGUGGACCAGUUCAAAUUUAUGCGCACGCAGGACGAACAAAGACCCCAAAAUCUAGGGGAUCCGUAUCACGAAACUAAGCUUCUGCUCGACGGCCCCGAUAUCGAUGAUCCAGUGAAGAACUUGAGGGUCAGGUCAAACUGGCUCGUUUUCGGGGAUACAGUUCAAACAAUGGGAGCCGAGAGCCUGCUGGGCUGCACGAUAUUGUUGGUCGUUAGCCGCAGAGGUGCGUGGGUGUCUAAGUUCUUUGAGAAAACUCUUGACGACCCCGACAUUCUGGAAAAAGCCUUGGAGCAGAUGAGAUUUGGACCCAGGGAGGUAAACGAUGCGAACCAAUAUUUCCAGUAUGGGAUCGAAGACCUUAUGAAACAACCAGAGCGUGGAAAACUCGGUACUCUAUUCGGCGAUCGAGACGGAUUGGCGGCUGAAGAAGACCCCAUUCAUGCCGUUCUCUUCACCCCUCGCCCACGACCAUAUGUUAGGGAUCCCGACGGCAAUGUUAUCGAUCACCCAGAUACACACAGCUACUACGUAAACGAGGGCCAGCUCUUGUACCGACCUGAUGUUCGGCAGAUCGGAGUCGUCCUCAGUACACUGAUUCGCCGUCGUCUUUUAACCGUGAUAGACUACCCUCCAGUAGUGCUCCGUGUGGAUGAACUGUCUGACGACACUGAUUGGGAGACGAAGCUGGUAGAUAGAGCUCGUGACACCCCACGUGGGAAGGUCAUGAUCCAGUACCAACCAGCGAAGACAUGUAACGAUAAGGCCUCGUGGCGCUGGUGGGUCGAUGCCAUGCCGAUAGAAAACGCGUACCCCGGCGCAAAAAUGAUGUAUCAGUGGGACCCAGAGGCUGAUCAAAUCUUUACUCGACUCCGAGGCGCCGGCGCAGGCGGACUAGCCCCCAGACAAGAGUGUCCGUCCUACUUUAUCAGAGCCGCCUCAAUCCUCACAACCAACCCCCCAAGGAACCCUGGGAAACCUACGAGUCCGGAUGCAAGUGAAGGAGGAACACAGGUGCUCCCAACUGGGUCAAACAUUGUCAACGGUACAGGGGCUCCGACACCAUGGAACAAUUCAAUGACAACAGUCCCGAGCGGCAGCGAUGGCACAGUUGCAUGGCAACUUCCGACAUUGCUGUCAUCUUUGGACCGGACCUCUGCUUCGACACUUCAAAGCGAUAUUGCACAGACAACUCUAAGUCACAAUGGUACAGCCAACCUGCCUACAACGACAUCAUGGUCAUUGAACGGGACAACGGCUCCAGUUCCUGGUACCAACUCGACGGUCCUGAGCUCGAACCUAGCAACAAUGAAUAAAACCACGACCAGCACGGCAUUGAUCGGGACGAAAAUUCAAACAUUGGGAACUGGAAUGUCCGCAUCUAAGCUGACCACGAACAAGACCCCCUCCAUCCACACUACGAUCUACGUGGCUCCCCUAACAUGGCCCGUUACCUCAUUAUUGCCAACUACUUCGUCAGCCAUCCCGAUAAGGCGAGUUACAGUCACCGCCUCGGUCGAAAAGUCGGUCGUGAAAACGGUUACAGUAUUUACGUCAACAGUAACAGUACGACCUCGAGAAACAAAGCCUAUCCAGCCAGCCAAGCCGGAACUGACAGAAGCGAUCCUUGUCAUGCUCGAGCACGUCUUGGCCGGGGGGAGUAGGGGGGUGGUUUUCACAGAAAUGUGGGUGAUGCUCCCGGUCAAAGUUGACACUACAGUCGACUACUGCGGCGUGUCAAAUAUAGGAUACAAAAUCACCGACUCAUCCUCGUCGGAUCGAGCGUGGUCCCCAAGCAUAAGCGCCAAGAAGGGAAGCAAUGCUUUCGGAAUGAAAAGCUGCAAGUACGAAGCAAGUACCGCGGGGUCCGGGUCGAUAAGCUGCGAUGGGGCUUCUAAGAUGAACUGCGUCAAAGAUCCGGAGUAUGAUAAGGCCUCCAAGUGCUACAAGGGCUGGGAGAUCAAGACUUGCACGCCACGCAUGCGCUGCAUGCUUCGAAAAUAG